AUGUGCAACACCGUGAUGGAUGCUUACCUUCUGGUUUACCAUCUCAUCUCACAUCCGUGCAGCAACACGCCCCUAGUGAAGGUCAACGGGAAGGAAAUUUGGGAAGGUCAACAGAUCAUGGCUGUGUACUCCCUUCAAGGUACGAUUCUAGAGAAGCACUUGCUCAGCAACGUGAUGCCUGCUUUCUCUCAGGUUAGCAGUGGCUCCACUAUUCAGACGUACGUCCGCUCCUGGCGCUCUUUUCUAGUCGCCGUCGUCAACAUCAAAACCGUCUUCUCAUCGCUUGCCGACAAAUGGUCUCUGCUGAGCUUGGAGGACAGUCCGUUGGACAGGACGGAGGACAUUGCUUUGAGGAAGUGGUCAAGCGUGGUGCUGACACCAAGGAUGGUUUCCCAGCUCCGCAAGGAUCUCCGCGCGCUUCUAGCAGACGAGCGUGCUGGUUACGGUUCCCCGGACCUUUCCUUUGCUGUGGAAAUCAAAGAUGAGCUGUCGAUGCUCCCCGAUUCAAACUACUAUCGAAGUGUCGUAGAGGCAGACUAUAUUCGCGACAUGUGUGAUUACUGCCGGUUAAAAGUCCGCGGCGUCGCUGAGUCUGAUCUCUUUGCCUAUGCAAAGCUGUGUCUGGGUCUGAUUGAGGAGGAGGUGAGGCGCGCAGAAAAGUUCCUCAUUUCUAAGGACCACGCGGUGGAUCGCCUGGUGGAAACGUUGGUAGACGAUCGCAUAUCUGUCUUUGAGUGCGGCAAGUUUUCUGAGUGGCUAAGCUCGCUUGGUCAGCCCGAGACGGACGAGAAACUGAAGACGGUGUUCCAUCUUCUGUGGUGGAGCAAAUGUAAGGGCGCACCUCUCAUGGAGGGAAUGUUCAAAGAGAGCGUAGCACAGCACACAUCUACUGCGCUAAGUGGGGCAGUGUGCGCCGCAGGCGAAGGUACUGAUGCGUACGCCGCCGUUAUCGAGUGCUUCAUCUCUAUCAUUCGAAAGUACCGCGAUGUCGUCAUGUCUGUUUUCGACUACAAUGGCUGCAUGCUGGAGGCGAUGGACGAUGGGCUGCGGUGCGGCUUUACGACUCUGCGUUCCUUUAGCUACAAAAAGCUUUCUGAUCGGCUGGCAGCAUUCUUCAAUGCGAUUCUAGGGAACGCAGGAUCCACGAAGCUCUGCCUCGAGGACGUGGUGAGCGUGUACUACUUUUUGCCGGACGCCGAAAACUCUGCAAAGGAUGCUUUUCUUGUCUCAUAUCAGAAACAUCUCGCCAAGCGACUGCUCUUACACCACUAUGACGAGGAGAGAGAGCAGCGCUCGAUGGAGCAACUGGUGCAGAUCAAACAGAGCCCUAUCCUUUUCUGCUGCCGAAGUAUGCUGAAGGCAACCAGUACACAGAGCAUCUACGUCGGCGCUUCGAGCGUGAAUGGGGUAAAGGUAAAUCCAGCUUUACUCUCGAGAGGAACGUGGCCGAGCCUUCCACACACCCUGGCAAGAUCAGGUAUAUCUGAUUCCGUAUUGCGUCAGAUCGAAGGCGCACAGCGCAUCUGCAGCGAGCGGCGGCAUGGGCAAAAGAUCGAGUAUUCCGCACCGUACUCCUCCGCCGUGAUACGGAUGCUCCGACCAGCAGGGUCGACUGCAGCGGGAGACUCGGUUCAGUUGAAGGUAUCGUUUUUGCAGAUGUGCAUCAUCGAUCACUUCAAUACGAAAUCGCAGUGGACGGUGAAAGAGCUAUGCGAGCUCCUCCAAGUGUCGGAGGUGGAGUGCGCCUUUGCCCUAGAUCCGUUGAUAAGUGCCACAGUUCUCAAGCUUUCGGGAGCAAUGGGGCCGAGCUCAGUCGUAUCACUCGGCACAUGUGAUAGCUUGAUCGGUGACAUGAUCAACGUGAUGCCGUUGGAGUUUCACAGCUUUACUCACCGCGUUGCUGUCAAAUCUCAAGAGCAACGUAUACUUCAGGGCGUAGCAAAGGCAAAUCCUCAAAGGAUGGAAAGCCAAGUCGUGCAUACACUGAAGCAAAGUGGAUCGAAGACGGCUGAGGAGCUAAUGACAUUUCUCACCUCUGCGAAGGACCCUCUUACAGUGUCGCGUGGCGAGCUCAAGCGCGUGUUGGAAAAGCUGAUUGAGCGCGGCCUUCUUGUCCGAGAUGACUCGCAGCGCAAGUUUGUGUACUCACCGUAG